UAGGCGCGGACGUGCGUGGCGGUGAAGUCGUUGCCGAUGGGGACGGAUGUCGAGAUUGAGUGUUCGGCUGUGCUGAAGGAUGGUUCUUCUCCUCCUCCGCCUCCUUCUUCUUCUUCGCCGAGGAGGGGGGCGAGGUUGUGAAGCUACCGGACUUGAGGGUUGGGGUAGAGCUUAUGUGCUGGGUGUGGUGUCUUAUAUACUGACGUCGGGGUCGGAGGGAGAGGGUUGGGGAUAUACUGUACUAUCCUGUGCAUUCUACAAGCUAAGUGAAAAUGAUCUUUGGUUGUGGUACGGUGCAGUCUCCCAUAUAUGAGCAUGGUUUUGUGGCUGCGGUGGCGAUAUGGGUUGCGUUGUCUGGAAAGUCAGAUCGAGAAAAUCAAGAUUCUUACA